UUUUUUUUGUAAUGUUUAGGUUAAAAAAGUUACCCAAAUUAUAUACUCGCCCUAUAAAUGCACGAUGGAUGGGAACAGCCAGAACUAUGGCAACGGCUUCCAUAGUUACCCAACAACCAAAAACGCGAAACGUUCCUCGUUUAUGGAAAGCAACAGCCUUAGUUGCUACUUCAGUUGCUGCUUUGAGCUUAUCAGGUACUCAGGUGUUUGCUUUAGAAGCAAAUGAAUCUUUAGGAGAUACUAUGUGUAAAGCUAUUGUUCAGAACGAUAUGAAAACAUUAAAAAAACUAGCAGAAGAUCCUAAUUUCACACCCAAUGUAUAUCAUCGUUAUGGGUGGACACCAUUGCAAGUUGCUGUCAUUCAGGAUAAUGAGCCAAUGGUUCAGUUCUUACUUGAAAAAGGAGCAGACCCAAAUCUUCAGGAUCAAUACUACCCUAGAUCUCAUCAAGCUGCCAAUAUCCGUCAAGUUGAUUUCUCAGAAGACUUACUGCCUUAUCGUGAUUACCGAGAAUAUACAGCACUUCAUUAUGCUGUUAUUAUUUGUAAUCCGACCAUUGUAAAAAUGCUGCUGGAUCGUUUAGCAGAUCCACUUGUGCGUAACUCGAAUGGAUUGACACCUCGUGAAUACUUGUAUUACGUUGAGAGAUUUACUGGCGAACAAAACACGUCGAUUGAAGAAAUGUUGCAUCAGAAGGAAACUUCGUAUCCUAAAGAUAAGGCUGAGCAUGAUGAACGUCAACGUAAAGCACAACUUCAAAGAGAAAAAGAAUACCGCAAAAAACACCCAUUAGAAGACGCUUUAAAGGCUCGUAUUGUGGGUCAAUUAGGUCCUAUUCAUGCGCUUGCAAGUGCCAUUCGACGCAAACAAAAUGGCUGGCAUGAUGAAGAGCAUCCUUUGGUAUUUAUGUUUUGUGGUCCCUCUGGUGUAGGCAAAACAGAGUUGGCCAAAGCAUUGGCGCAGCAUCUUCAUGGCAAGCAGAUUGACAAAGGAUUUGUUCGGAUUGAUAUGAGUGAAUUUCAGCACAAGCAUGAUGUAUCCCGUUUUAUUGGUUCGCCUCCAGGCUAUGUUGGCUAUGAAGAAGGUGGUCAAUUGACGGAGAAACUCAAAGAAUGUCCAAAUGCAGUAGUCCUGCUUGAUGAAGUUGAAAAAGCACAUCCUGACGUAUUGACUAUCAUGCUUCAAUUGUUUGAUGAAGGACGUAUUACAGACGGCAAAGGCACUACGGUUGAAUGCAAAGAUGCUAUUUUUGUCAUGACUUCCAACUUGGCUCAACAUGAAAUUGCGGAUGAAGCUGAACUCUUGAGACUUGAAGCCUCUGUGUCUUCAGAUGCGCAAUCUACAGGCACUGCUACUGUUGUUGAACCCAAACAACAGCAGCAACAACAAGAGAAGGCAGGUGAACGCCAAAUAUCAUUAUCCCGUCAGUUUAUUGACAAAACCAUCUAUCCCAUUCUCUAUGAUCAUUUCCACCGCGACGAAUUCCUUGGACGUAUCAACGAAGUCUUGUUCUUUUUACCUUUCAGUGAAGAAGAAUUAAGAGAAAUAACCUCAAGAGAAUUAUCUAGAUGGGCAGAAAAGGCAAGAACGCGACACAACAUUGCAAUUACUUGGGAUCCUGAAGUAGUAGAUGUCAUUGCUAAGGGAUAUAAUAUUCGUUAUGGUGCUCGUAGUAUUAAAUAUGAAGUAGAACGCAAGGUAGUUAAUUUAGUGGCCAAGGCUAAUGAAAACGAUGAUGUAUUGGAUGGUGGCAGAGUUCAUAUUGUGGUAGAGAAGUUAGGAGAGCAUCGUAUUCCUAAGAUUGAAAUCCCUGAAAGAGGAGGUGAUGAUAGCAAAAAGUCUAGUAUUGGAAGUUGGUUCAGCAAAAAUUGACAUCGUUUAUCUCAUUCAAGUAAUAAAGAAAAAAGU